UUUGGGGCGAAUUGUUUACAAAAUUAGAUGUUCUGGGGUGAACUUGGCUAUUUUUUACUUUUUACCUCUUGAAAGUGGCUUAAACUAAAGCAAACUUGUUGAAAGUUCAUCGGAUGUCCAUUGCGAUGGCUACUCCACAGCAGCAGCCUAGCCCAGACAAUGACCGUUUGUACCAGUGGAUAAUCGAGCUGUCCAACCCUGACAUCAGAGAAAAUGCCCUUCUUGAGCUGAGCAAGAAGAGGGAGUCUGUCCAUGAUUUGGCUCCGAUGCUUUGGCACUCAUUUGGAACCAUAGCCUCUCUCCUCCAGGAAAUCGUCAACAUUUACCCUGCGAUCAACCCAGCCACCCUUACAGCCCACCAGUCAAACAGAGUGUGCAAUGCCCUCGCCCUUCUGCAGUGUGUAGCAAGCCACCCUGAAACCAGAUCUGCAUUCCUUCAGGCACAUCUUCCACUGUUCCUCUACCCAUUUCUGUACACUGUGAGCAAAACGAGGCCAUUCGAGUACCUGCGCCUGACCUCCUUAGGAGUGAUCGGCGCCCUGGUCAAGACUGACGAACAGGAGGUGAUAACCUUCCUGCUCACCACAGAGAUAAUCCCUCUCUGCCUGAGAAUCAUGGAAAGUGGCUCCGAGCUCAGCAAGACUGUGGCCACCUUCAUCCUGCAGAAGAUUUUGCUCGACGACUCCGGCCUUAGUUACAUAUGUCAGACUUAUGACAGAUUCUCCCACGUGGCCAUGAUACUGGGUAAAAUGGUUUUGUCCCUGGCCAAGGAGCCAUCAGCCCGAUUGCUGAAGCAUGUUGUGCGUUGCUACCUGCGUCUCUCAGACAAUGCCAGGGCCCGUGAAGCCCUGAGGCAGUGUCUUCCUGACCAACUGAAAGACAACACGUUCAGCGAGUGCCUGGCCGAGGACAAGAGCACCAAGCACUGGCUCGCCCAGUUGCUGAAAAAUUUGGAGACGUCAACACCAGACCUGAACAACCUUGGUGUUACUCUCAGCGCCCCAGUCAACUUGUCCUGAACACCAAAAUGGCGCUUGUCCAAGGAUUUCGGUUCAAGGGAAGAUUACAAAGAAGAAGUUGAUAUUUAAUUGUUAGAGCGUUUCUGGCCAAACGUAAGUUUUUAUUUUUUGUUGUUCAAAGAACAAUCUGUAGAUAAUUGUGAUUGAUUUGAGCAAUUCCUCAGAGACUUUAAUUCUCUUAUUCUCUUUGAUUUGCAUUUUAGUGUUAAUUACUCAACAUCAUCUAUUGUACAAUUUAACUAUUGCAAAGUGUUUUAGCGGCUUUUGCGUUACAAAGCAUGUACAUUUUCAUGAGCAGACUUUUAAUUAAUGACUGUAAUAUAAGAUGUUUUAUAAAUCCAAUACUUUGUAAAAGGAAUGAACAGCCGAGAAAUGUGUAUUGAAUGGAGUUGAACGAUGAUUAAUUAUUUCCUAAAAACUGGUGAUUUUGUCAUGUACAGUGAAGGAGAAAUAAAUUUACUUAGUAAAAGCCUA